AACGCAGCCAAACCGCAUCUUGCAACCGUUUGGAUCCCGUAUUGAGAGGUUUGGGCCCUGCCAUAUAUCGAAUCAGUCGAUUCUCGUGAACGGCGAGAUCUGAAACGCAAGAGCUCAUUGGCGAAGAUGAAAGGCUUCAGGCAGAGGGUUCAUGAGCAGCUCUCGCGCGCGAAAGAUCCAAACAAGUCGUCCAAAUCCAAGAACAAGGAUUCGAAGGAUGGGACAUCGUCCCCUUCACAAUCAAGUAGCUCCCGAGAAGCAGCACAAUCACCAACAGUCACUCCUUCGUCGUCAACGACUGCACUCAACGAUCCUCGGAACAAAGCACUCCCUCUAAAUGAUGGCGGGGCUUCAAGCUCGGCUCACACGAGCCCUGCUGCUCAGCAGCCGCAAUCAGGCUCUAUCAAUUCGCUCAACCUAGGUCAGAAUUCGAUAGCUGCUCCAGACAGGUUCAACGGCAUGGGAGGGUCACCCAGUCCAGGGCCUGGGACACCUGGCCGUCAUGGUCAACUGCCCCCGAGUGUUAUCAUCAGUCCCAGUGCUCCCCAUAUCCCUCCCCCAGGUACAGCAGAGACGAUGCCCCAUGAUCUUGCUCCCCCGAAAAUUGGCCAGAAGUCGUUGAUGUUUGACCGAUUACAUACAACGCCGAAAGACGUGCCGGAGGGAAUCAGAACCCCCAAGAGGCAGCAUUCUUCAAGAUUCGAUAUUUCCCCUCAACGAGAGCUCGAGAAGUUACCAGGCUUUCACGAAGUGCCUCCUAACCGACGACAGGAUCUUUUCAUGCAGAAAAUCGACCAGUGCAAUGUUAUCUUUGAUUUCAACGACGCGAGUGGUGACAUGAAGUCGAAGGAGAUCAAGCGACUAGCCUUGCAUGAGCUGUUAGACUACGUGGCGAACAACAGACAAGUUAUUACAGAGGCCAUGUACCCAAGAGUGGUGGAUAUGUUCAGCAAGAACCUUUUCAGACCAAUACCACCGCCUGUCAACCCACAAGGAGAGGCAUUCGAUCCAGAAGAAGACGAACCCGUCUUGGAAGUUGCAUGGCCACACAUUCAAGUUGUAUACGAAUUUUUCCUUCGAUUCAUUGAAAGCCAAGAUUUCAACACAAACAUCGCCAAAGCGUACAUAGACCACAGCUUUGUCCUUCAACUACUCGAGCUGUUCGAUUCAGAAGAUCCUCGAGAACGUGAUUUCUUGAAAACUACCUUGCACCGAAUAUACGGAAAGUUCUUAAACCUGCGGUCCUACAUUCGAAGAUCCAUCAACAAUGUGUUCUUUCAAUUCAUCUACGAGACGGAGCGAUUCAACGGUAUUGCAGAGCUGCUGGAAAUUCUCGGGUCGAUCAUCAACGGAUUUGCACUGCCACUGAAGGAGGAACAUAAAUUGUUCUUGACAAGAGUUUUGCUUCCAAUGCACAAGGUCAAGAGCUUAAGCAUGUACCACCCUCAACUGGCAUACUGUAUUGUUCAGUUCUUGGAGAAGGACGCGGCAUUAACAGAAGAGGUCGUCCUUGGCUUACUUCGAUAUUGGCCAAAAGUCAACAGCACAAAAGAAGUCAUGUUCCUUAAUGAGGUGGAAGACAUCUUUGAAGUGAUGGACCCAGCGGAAUUUGCCAAAGUCCAAGAACCCCUCUUCCAUCAACUCGCAAAGUCUGUUGCAAGCCCACAUUUCCAAGUAGCGGAACGUGCUCUCUAUUUCUGGAACAACGAAUACUUCUGCAAUCUCGUCAGCGACAAUGUCGAGAUCAUCCUCCCCAUAAUGUUUGCGCCGUUAUACGAGAAUUCGAAAGGUCAUUGGAAUCGAACAAUCCACGGCAUGGUCUAUAAUGCUAUGAAACUGUUUAUGGAGAUUAACCCACAACUCUUUGAUGACUGUUCUCAUGAUUACACUGAGCAUCAAAACAACGCAGAGGCCCGAGAGCUAGACCGAGAAAAUAAAUGGAAGGCCUUAGCAGAACAGGCAAAGCGAUCGAAGAGUAAUGGAGCCCCCCGAUCUGGGGCCAACCAGUCACCGGCCAGAACCAAGACCACCACGCCGUUAAGGAUCGACGAAGUAGACCCGGUCACAGACGACAACCAAAAGAGAUUAGAUUCGCUGAAACUUCAAGAUGGGGAUCGUAGAGAGCGAAGAUCAACUCACGAUCGGCAAAACUCGGUAGGCUCCUCCAGAAGUCAGCGAUGAUUUGCUUUAGCACUAUGCCGCUUUAUUCUGUGUUUCAGGAUGCC